AUGGCUGGCGCCGGUGGAGGAGGCGGAGACGCCGGCGAUGGCUUCUACAGCGACUUCAUGGUGCUACGGCCGGACAAAGGAGGGCUCUACGCCCUCUUCCACCUCAUGUGGUCGUGCAAGGUGUCCGAGAACGCGGCCGUGGACUGCCCCGCCGGCACGGAGAUGUCCGACUGGCGUAGGCGGUGGGCGGUGCUCGUCUCGCUGGUGGCGCAGGUGCUGAUGCUGUGUGUGAAGAAGCCGACGGCCCUGAUUGGGAGAGCGACGGAGUACUGGAUGAACCUCGUCAACGAGAAUGGCGGCGGCGUCCUCGUGCUCGUCCUCAGAGCGCUGCAAGAUUUCCAAGAGGACUACACGACCCAGGCGUUUCUGGUCGCCGACAAGGCGCCUGACGCGAGCCUCGCCGUGGUGGCGUUCAGCGGCACGAGGCCGUUCGACAUGGAGCAGUGGUGCACGGACGUGGACUUCUCGUGGUACGAGUUCCCCGGCGUGGGCAAGAUCCACGGCGGCUUCUGUCAGCACCUGGCUCUGAUAGGCCACCAGAAGAACGGGCCAGGCCCCAGCGAGCAAGGAAGCCCAACAGCAAGAAUACAUGCUCUGGGUGGACGGUGA